UUUGUUUUGGAUCCUGGCUUCUCAAUAAGUGACCCUCAUCCUUCAUGUUGGCAAUUCGUGAAGGAUGCGGUCACUGGAAGGACUGAGCGCAUUCAGGAGCCUGGAGGAGCUCAUUUUAGACAACAAUCUGCUCGGAGACGACCUCGUGUUGCCAGGGUUACCCCACUUGCACACCUUAACCCUCAACAAGAACCAAAUUACCGACUUGGAGUACCUCCUUGAUCACCUGGCAGAGGUGACACCAUCCUUAGAGUACCUCAGCCUUCUGGGAAACGUGGCAUGUCCCAAUGAGCUGGUCAACUUGGAGAAGGAUGAGGAAGACUAUAAGAGAUACAGGUGCUUUGUUCUGCACAAGCUGCCCAAUUUGAAGUUUCUGGAUGCCCAGAAAGUCACCAGACAAGAACGGGAGGAGGCAUUGGUCAGAGGGGCCUUCAUGAAGGUGGCGAAACCCAAGGACUUCAGAGACAGCCAAUAUCACCAACCCCAGCCAAGUACAGCAGAUGAAGUCUUUGUGAGACCCUGGGGUCAGUUACUGGCCAUCCUGCCUUGCCCACAUUCAUGUCUGCACUGCACAAAACAGAUCUUGAUUUAUCUUGCCCUCAUUUGCUUGGGGAUUGGAAACUGUAAGGCUGCUGAUAGAACGCUGAAGACGUACUAACUGUGUUGUUCGUGUCCUGGGAUGCUGUACUCUGUAUGUGCCUGGCUCUGAGCCCUGUACGCAUAGAAGGAGGGACCCACUGACACCUUUUACAUAUGAUGGGGUUCAGUCCCAAAGCAGUUUGUGAAGCUGCCUAAAGUCACUGGGUCAUGAAUUCCUGAGCUGGAAUUUUAGCCUUAUGUCUGAAAUGGGGCCUAGUCUCUUCUUCAACAACUCUGCUGUUGUAGCCCUGGAGAGAGAUCAAUAUUUCCCCUGGAGAUGUCUUGACACAGUUGAAACUUCUCAGGGGAGCCUGAGUGAGAACGGACUGUUUUUCUGCAUGGGGAUAGGGAGAGGUGGAAUCUCCUCCUGCCUUUGAACAUGAUGGCGAUGGGUUCCUUAAACCCUGCCAUCAGCUGUCCGAGUCAUUAGCAACACGAGCAGAAGGGCUCCUCCUCAGCGUUCCCAAUUAGCUUCUAAUCAAUUAUAGAAUUAGCACAUGCUUCUGUGAUUGACUCUAAUGCCCUUACUAACUGUAUUACACUUAAAAAUGCUCAUUAAUUAUUUGAGAAGGGAGACAAAAAUGCCCUUGACAGAGAAGCCUGGGGAUCUUGGCUUCCGUUUCUGUGGUGCCUUGAGAUUUCCUAGUAGGAGAUCCCUUCUGUUGCUUUGUGCUUGAGGAGUCUGGGAGGGUCAGAAGCCUAAGGUUCUGAUGAGGUGCAGUUAGGACCCAAACCAGGGUUCUUGGAGUUCUGUUUAAGGGAUUUUAUGUAAUGAUCCUUCAAGAACCCAAGAAGAAUCCAUGCUGUUACUGGUUUAUCAUACCGCACGCCUGCUGAAUGGUGGGAGAUUCCCUUUUGUCUGUUAUUUUCUGAGAUACACAGUGGUAUUUUUCUUGCAGAUAGAAGGGACCCAAAUGAGCUCUUUGCUGAAUUAAUAAACUGGCAUUCAGACAGC